CCAUCCAGACAUCCAGUACGUCGUGCUCGCCCCCAAUCGCCGUCGUCCGUCCCCGCCUCGCUCCCUCCUCUCAUCUUCCGCCGCACUCCACCUCCACCUCACCGCCGCACUCCUCUCAUCCUCCGCUGCACUCCCUCCCCGCCCACCCCACUGCGUGGCCGGCCACAUGUGGGAGCGCGGCAGGCCGCCCCGCAAGCCGCGACCGUCCCCGAUCCUCGUGCCGCCGCCGCCGCCGUCGCCGCCUCCCCGCCUGAUCCUUCUCCUCCCCAGAUCCCUCCUCGCGCUCGCCGCGCGCGUCAUGCCUUCGCGCCGCUCCUCCCCGGUCCUCCUCCUCCUCGUGCUCGCUCUCGCCCUCCUCUGCCUCCUCCUCCCCCCGUCCUCCCCCUCCGCCUCCCGCCUCUCCCGCUCCCUCGCCUCCGCCUCCGAUUCCGCUUCCUCCUCGCCCGCUGCCGCCCCCGUCAAGAUCUACAUGUACGACCUGCCCACCAAGUUCACCUACGGCGUCGUCCGCAGCUACAUGGCCGCGCGCGCCCCCUCGGGGUCCGCGGACCCGGCCGCGGCGCUCCCUGACGAGCAGUUGCGGUACCCGGGGCACCAGCACUCGGCGGAGUGGUGGCUCUUCAAGGACCUGCUCCGCCGCGGGCCGCGUGACCGCCCCGUGGCCCACGUGGACAACCCGAGCGACGCCGACCUCUUCUACGUGCCAUUCUUCUCCUCCCUCAGCCUCGUCGUCAACCCCAUCCGCCCCCCUGCGGUCGCCAACGCCUCUGGAGCGGCGGCGCCGUACAGCAAAGAGGCCAUGCAGGAGGAGCUGGUGGAGUGGCUGGAGCGGCAGCCGUACUGGCGGCGGCACAAGGGGAGGGACCACGUGUUCAUCUGCCAAGAUCCCAAUGCUCUGUACAGGUUGGUGGACCGGAUCAGCAAUGCCGUACUCCUGGUCUCCGACUUCGGCCGGUUGCACGGCGACCAGGCAUCCCUCGUCAAGGACGUCAUCCUGCCUUACUCACCCCGCAUCAACUCCUUCCAGGGUGACGUCGGGGUCGAUGGCCGCCCCUCACUUCUGUUCUUCAUGGGAAAUCGGUACCGCAAGGAGGGUGGGAAGGUCCGUGAUGCACUUUUCCAAAUUCUUGAGAAUGAGGAAGAUGUAAUCAUAAAACAUGGAACUCAAUCAAGGGAGAGUCGGCGUGCAGCUACACAAGGAAUGCACUCAUCUAAAUUUUGCCUCCAUCCUGCUGGAGAUACUCCCUCCGCAUGCAGAUUGUUUGAUGCACUUGUCAGUUUAUGUGUUCCUGUUAUAGUUAGUGAUUACAUCGAACUACCAUUCGAGGAUGUUAUAGACUACAGUAACAUAUCAAUAUUUGUUGAGACAAGCAAGGCUGUAGAACCUGGAUUCUUAACUUCAUUGCUUAGAAGAGUCAGUGCGGAGAGGAUUGUGGAGUAUCAGAGAGAAAUAAAAAAGGUCAAACAUUACUUUGUGUAUGAAGAUCCGAAUGGACCAGUGAAUGAGAUAUGGCGCCAAGUUUCCCUAAAAGCACCAUUGAUAAAGUUGUUGACUAACCGCAACAAACGCCUGCUUGAUAGAGGCACCAAUGGAACAGAUUGCUCGUGCAUCUGCUCAACAACCCCAAGUGAGAUUUCCACUGCUAGGUAAAUAAGAUAGAGCUCAUCGCCUACGGAGGAAACAGCACUUUUUUGGUCACUCCAGAGUGAUUACAUGCCGGAAUUUGUAAGUUGCAGAGAGCUCUGUGUACAGCGAGGAUCCGACCAAUUACUACUAAAUUACCAAUUGCAGCAAUCAUUCAAUUUUCCGUAGAUAUGGUGAAUAGAAAAGAACGCUGCUUUGUUGCCUGGCCUUUGUAGAAGGUGCUGUAAUUUUUGUAAGUAAGUUAUAUUAGUUUCCUUUUUGUCAGCAAUGUGAUGACCUAGUUUUUCA